GGGAGUGGGGUAGAUUUACGGUCUUGCCCGUACAACAGCAACAACAAUAACGAGACAGACAAAAUACACGAAACAGUCGCUCUAUCUGGAUAUCAGAUGACAAAGGACACUCAUCCCUGGGAGAUGGAAAAGCAACGAGGUAAGCCUUCCGAUUGCCCAGUUUAUUGCCUUUGAGAGGGUUUCCAGUUUCCAGUAGAGGAAGGAGGAACUGAGGUGGAGUCCAGCAGACUUCCUGAGCCAAGGACGGAGCUGAGAAUGUGGGGAGAGCAAAGCAGCUGUAGUUCAUAGGACAGAGCAGCAGAGAGGAGAGGUCUGCAGAGGGCCUCCCACGAGGACUCAAGAGCACAGAGCAGCACAUGUGUGAGGAAACUCCCUGAGGACAGGGAAGGAAUCCUCUAAAGGGUUGGAGGGAACAGUCCUGAUGUUUGCAUGGGGACUACUGUUCCUACGGGCUAGGCUGGAAAACUCCUGUAAUUCCUGGAGCAUUGGGAAUGGAGCUAUUUAUGUAAAGCACUGAAAGGAAAAAUAACUCUACUUAGAGUCUGUAUUCAGCAAAAAUACAUUUCAACAACAAAGACAAGACCACCAACAGAAUGAGAGAAAAUAGUUGGAAAUUACACAUCUGAUAAGGGUUUAAUAUACACAGAAUACGUAAACAUGUUUGUGUAUGUAUACAUGCUCAUAUGUAGAAUGUACAGAGAACUACAACUCAAUAACAAAAACACAAACUUAACUAAUUUAAAAAUGGGCAAAGGACUUGAAAAGACACUUGUCCGAUGGCCACUAAGUACGUGAAAAUAAUGCAUAUCAAAACUACAAUGAAAUAUCACUUCAAACCAACUAGGAUUGCUGUAAUAAUCUAAAAAAUGGAAUAACAAGUUUUGGCAAGCAUGUGGGGAAACUGGAACCUUGGAUGUUGCUGGCGUGACUGAAAGGAUGCUACUACUGUGGAAAAGUUUUGUGGGUCCUCAGGGAGCUCAGCACACAAUUACCUUAUGACCCAACGAUUCUGCUCCUAGGUACAGACCCGAAGGGAUUGAAAGCAGGGACUCAAGCAGGUCCUUGUACACCAGUGUUCACAGCAGCACCUUUCACAAGACCCACUAGAUGGAAACAACCCAAGGGUCCAUCCACAGACGAUGGGGUGAACAACAUGGUCUGUCCAUACACUGGAAUAUUACCUGGCCAUUAUAAGGAGUGAAGGUCUGAUUUCAUGCCACAGCAUGGAUGAACCUUGAAGACAUUAUGCUGAGUCAAGUAAGCUAGACACAAAAGGACAGAUAUUGUAUGAAUCUAUUUACAUGAUUCUCUAGAAUUGGUAAAUUCAGAGAGACAGUAGGUUAUCAGAGUCUGAGGAAUAGGGAGUUUGCUUAAUGUUUCAGAGUUUCCAUUGGGUGAUUAGAAAGUUUAGAAUUCUUAGUGAGGGUUGUACAAUAUUGUGAAUGUAAUUAAUGCCACUGAAUUGUACACUUAGCAAUAAUUAGCAAAUUUUGUUAAUUUUUUUACUAGAAUUUUAAAGAUGAAUAAUGUAAUUACCAAAAACCAUUGUGAUUGUGUACUUUGAGUGGAUGAAUUGUAUGGUAUGUGAAUUAUGUCUCAGUAAAGCUGUUUUGAAAAAAAAAAAAAAAAAGCAAAAUGAAGACAUUCUCAGAUUUAAAAAGCUGAAAGAAUUUAUUACCAGCAGACCCACAUUGCAGGAAAUGUUAAAAGAUGUCCUUCAGGGAGAAAGGAAAUGAAACCAAAUGGAAAUCUGGAUCUACUGGAAAGAAUGAAAAGCACUGGCAAUGGUAACUACGUAGGAUCUUCAUUACUGAAAAAAGCAUCAUCAAGAGCAAGGAGGGCAUGGAGACCAAGUUGUUAACGGCCCGGUCCCAUGCACUGGUGACCUUCAAGGAUGUACUUGUGAACUUCACCAGGGAGGAGUGGAAGCUGCUGGAUACUGCUCAGCAGAUCAUGUACAAAGACGUGAUGCUGGAGAACUAUAAGAACCUGGUUUCCUUGGGGCAUCAGCUUCCCAAACCAGAGGUGAUCCUCCAGUUGGAGAAAGGGGAAGAGCCGUGGCUGGUGGAGAGGGGGACUCACCGGGAGACCCACCCAGAUUUGGACACUGCGGUUGAGAUUAAAUCAUCAGUGUCCAGUAAGAGCAUUUCUAAAGAUAAACAAUCCUAUGGCAUUAAAAUGGAAGGAAUCCCAAAGAACGAUCUCUGGUAUUUGUCAUUAGAAGAAGUCUGGAAGUGUGAAGACCAGUUGGACAAGUAUCAGGAAAAUCAGGAGAGACAUUUGAGGCAAGUGGCAUUCACCCAAAAGAAAGCACUUACUCAGGAGAGAGUCUGUGAAAACGGUAAAUAUGGGGGAAAUUGUCUUCUUCCUGCUCAACUAGUGCUGAGGGAGUAUUUCCACAAACAUGACUCACAUACUAAAAGUUUAAAACAUAAUUUAGUUUUUAGUGGUCAUCAGGAAAGCUAUGCAAGUAAUAGUAGUGAAUGUGGUCAAACCUUCUGUCAAAACAUUCAUCUUAUUCAGUUUGCAAGAACUCAACCAGGAGAUAAGUCUUACAAAUGCCCCGAUUCUGUCAACUCUCUUACCGGUGGUACAUCCCUUGGUGUAUCGAAGGGCAUACAUAGGGAGAAACCAUAUGAAUGUAAGGAGUGUGGAAAAUUCUUUAGCUGGCGUUCUAAUCUUACCAGGCACCGGCUUAUUCAUACUGGAGAAAAACCCUAUGAAUGUAAAGAGUGUGGAAAGUCUUUCAGCCGGAGUUCUCACCUCAUUGGACAUCAGAAGACUCACACUGGUGAGGAACCCUAUGAAUGUAAAGAGUGUGGCAAGUCCUUCAGCUGGUUCUCUCACCUUGUGACCCACCAGAGAACUCACACAGGAGACAAACUGUACACGUGCAGCCAGUGUGGGAAGUCAUUUGUUCACAGCUCCAGGCUCAUUAGGCACCAGAGAACUCAUACUGGAGAGAAACCUUAUGAAUGUCCUGAGUGUGGGAAGUCUUUCAGACAGAGCACACAUCUCAUUCUGCAUCAGAGAACUCAUGUCAGAGUGAGGCCCUACGAAUGUAACGAGUGUGGGAAGUCGUAUAGCCAGAGGUCUCACCUUGUGGUGCACCACAGGACUCACACGGGACUGAAGCCCUUUGAGUGUAAAGACUGCGGAAAAUGCUUCAGUAGGAGCUCUCACCUUUUCUCCCAUCAGAGGACCCACACCGGAGAGAAACCAUAUGAAUGCCACGACUGUGGGAAGUCCUUCAGCCAGAGUUCUGCCCUCAUCGUGCAUCAGAGAAUUCAUACUGGAGAGAAGCCAUAUGAAUGCUGCCAGUGUGGGAAAGCCUUCAUUCGGAAGAACGACCUCAUUAAGCAUCAGAGGGUUCAUGUUGGGGAAGAGACCUAUAAAUGUAAUCAGUGUGGGAUGAUCUUCAGCCAGAACUCUCCGUUGAUAGUACAUCAAAUAGCCCACACUGGAGAGCAGUUCUUAACUUGUAACCAGUGUGGGACAGCGCUUGUUAAUAGUCCUAACCUUAUUCGAUAUCAGACAAAUCAUAUUAGAGAGAGUACUUAUUAAUAUUACGAAUGUGGAAAGUUCUUUACAAAGAGCAAUAACUUGGUUUUACAUUAGAAACUCCUUCUGGAGGGAAGCAGCGUCGAUGUAAUCUGUGCGGAAAUGCUUUCAAUCUUGUCACUACCCUCUUGUGCACUAGAGAAUUGGUCUUAGAAGGAGAAAUAACCUACAGAUUUCAUUGUAGUACAAAAACAUAUCAGCUUUUCUUUCCACAAGUUCCUAUAAAAGCGGUUGUCCUUGGAGCAUUCUUGACCGAGCCUUAAAAUGCUAGAAUCUGAGAAGGAACCAUUAAGUAGGUGGGAGAUUAUCCAGCUUCAUUGCCUUCUUCAAAAAGAUGUCAGUCAGAAUGAUACUUCAGAAGGAUAAGUCAAUGAGAGUUCCUAUUGCAAAGAAUAAAAAAUUGAUAGUUAUUGUAAAAAAGUGGAAAAUAAUAUUCCAGUGAAAUAACCUGCCAUAUUUUUACUUGAUUGUCCUUCUGGGACAGUUAGUAGUGUCUACUCUUUUAUGUGUCUGAUAUAAACCACAUUUUGGUUAGCAGGGAAAACACUUAUAAUGUAAAGCUGAAAAAGAACACAUUUACUAGUAAUGGUACUUAUUUUGAGUAUAUUUGCAUGUGAGCAAGAAUCAAAAAACUCUGGAUAAUGAACAGAAUCGAUUUGCUAGGUGAUGGGAUUGGGUGAGUUUUAGAGUUUAUUCCGUGUUACUCCAAUAAUUAUUUGAAGAUAUUUUUAAACAUUAAAAAGGAUAUCCAGUUUCUCGAUUCUGUCAUCAAGGAUGCUUAAGGACCACCUGCUAGCAAGUUUCCCAUCCUACGUUGUUUGGGUCAUGGAAUUGUGCUCUUUGAGACCGUGUGCUGAAGGCUCCUGGGAAUUUAAACACAGGGUUUCUUUGGAGUCUGAGACCUAGAAGAUUAGGUGUUUGAGCACACGAGGGAGGGUCCCCUUUGAGUGGGAGCAGGUACCUGGGCCAUUCUUAGAGCAGCUAUGCUCAUGAAAUAAACAGCACUGCUCAAAGCCACCCUCCUUCCAAGGUAGUCUUUUACCUUUAUAAAGGAAACUUCGUGGCUAAGUGCACAAGCUUGAGCUACACUACCUGAGUUGAAAUUCCACCUCUGUCCUUAACUUGCUGGGUGAACUUGGGCAUGCUGCCUAACAUCGGUGCCUCCUCUGUAAAUGAGGGACGUUACUUACCUUGUAGGACCGUGGUGAGUAUUAACUGAGUAAACAUACAAACAGCUUAGAAUAGUGCCUGACGUAUAUUAAGUGCUUUAUUGUUGUUAGCUGUGGUAACUGGUGUCACUGUUGUUGCCCCACCUCCGGUGUGCGUCAUUGAAUUAAACCCGCUUGCCGGCGAGCAAGAGCUCCUGGAGCUCUCACUUCCUUCCCAGCCACGUUUCCUUCUUACCUACAUCAGCACUUCUCAACCUGAGGAAAUCACUACCCGUAGUGGGUGUAACAACUCACUUCUGAGGAUCAGUAAACAACUUUUAAUAUUGUAUGCAAAAUCAUCUCGUUUGUACAGAAGUUUUCUCUUCUAGGGAGAGAAGCCUGAUCUUCAGAUUCUGUGGUAAGUUCAUGACCCAAAAAAGACUCAGAAAGAGAACCUGUUUUAACUCUCUGUUUCAUUCUAUAAAUGGAUCUCUGUGAAGGACUAGCCGUUAUUUGCCAUUUUCUAGCAAACAAAAUAUAUUUUAGAUGCUUAAUGAUCGAUUGUUGAGUGAUAAGUACUUUUGAGACCAGGAGGACAAAGAUCUUGAUGUCUCUGUCCCAGGAAAAAUCUAGAAAUGACUGUCAGGACUUCACAAGGAGCAGGAGACCAUCUACCAUGUAAUCUUCGUUCCAAUUUUAGUAUAUGUGCUGCUGCAGCGAGCACCUAAUGUGUAAUCUUCAUUGUGCAGUUGAGAUCAAGUGAGUUGGCACUGGUCUCACAUUUUGAGUGAAGUCAGACCAAGAACUAGAUCCUGGGUUCCUCAAUUAGUGCUGCGUUCUUCAGUGCAUAUAUGUAUCAUUCGCAUGUAUAAUGUCCUCCUAUCAGGGAUCGUUUUCAUGGUAAGCAGUGGUUCUUAAUGGGAGUCGAAGAGUGGUCCCUUAACCGGGCCUCUUAGAGUUUCUGAUAACCUAUGGCUCAAUUUUCCUCAACUGUAUAACGGAGUUAUUUCUAGUAUCUACCUCAGAGGGUUGUUGUGGGGAUUAAGUGAGAUAAUGUGUAUAAAGUAUUUAAAACAGUGCCUGGCCCACAAGUACUAAAUGUGUUAGCUACUACUACUGUUAUUAACACACCAAGGAAUGUAGGAAGAGAGAAACGUCUAUGGAUGGUCACUAAAACAUUACUUACGAUAGUGCAGACUUUGCAAUGUAGAAAUGUAUAAUAGCAGAAUGGUUAUAGUGUAUCCGUGUCAUGGAGUAUUACACAGACGUUAAAAUUAAUGCAAACUGUUGACAAGAAAAAUGUUGAUGUUGUCAUGUGUUUUGAAAAAAGCAUGAUGAAUAGUUGUUAAUAUGGAGUAAACUGAAAUGUAUAAAAAUAAAGCCAUUGUAAAUAACUGAAAUGAAUCUUGCUUAAAACUCUUAAGGAAAUUUGUCAAAAGAUUAAGAGCAGUUAACUUUCUUUUUUUUCUUUAUUCUUGUUUUGUAGUUUUCUAUUUUUUCCCAAAGUCUCUUCAACAAAUACAAAUUACUUUUAUAUUACAGUUUCUUCAGUAAAGGAAUUUUUUCUCUUCCAAAGUUUUUGUCUACAAAUAAGCUGCCAGAACCUUAACCAUGGAACUUGGCAGCAGAUAAACCAGUGGUUGGCUGGGGAUGGGAGAGUGACUGACAACAGACGGGACCCCAAGGGAACCAUCAGGGAUGAUCUGUAUCUUGACUGGUGGUGGUUCCGUGACUGUACUUGUCUGUUAAACUCAUCAGAGUAUACAUUUUAAGUGGGUCCAGUUUGUUGUAUGCAAAUUUUAUCUCAAUAAAAUUGAUUUUUUCAAAAUA